UCACAGACGCUUUUACUAAUUACAAACUUCUGUCUAAAUACAUGGAGCAUAAAUCUGAAAUGAUUCGUGAAAUGAACUGCAAAAUGAGGAAUCCUGAGGAACCAACCAGCCCUUGUGAAAAAUUAAAGAGAAGGUCUACGUCUCAUGUAAGGAGCAAGCUUAAUAGUAGAGCGCUAGAUACAGAAGGCAGAAACGAGUUCAAAAAUCUUUAUCCAUCGUACCAGAAGAGGAAUAUUAGAAAGCAAGCGUCAGGGGAUAUAAUUUCUGAGGAUUACACUCAGACUUUUGUUGACUAUGAUACUCAUCAACGGAAACAUUCUUAUACAACAAGAAUCAUGAAUAAAACUAGAAAACAGAAUCCUUGAAACUCCCUGAUUGGCUAUAUAGACUAUUUAGGCAUCUUUAGAUGCGAUGUUGACCCAGAAAGGAAAAAUGGAUACAUUAAAGAAGAAAUUGAGUCAGAUGGGCAUCUCUUGCCUAUGCUUUUUAGUAGAGAUGAGGUUUCUGAGUGGAGAAAAGACAUAGCUUUUGCUUGGGAGAUAUUGAAAGGAGUAUAUCAAAGUCUGAAAUGGUGCAAAAAUUAUGAAGAAGAGGUUAUUAAAAAAUCUAGUCUGAAACUGUGCAAGUAUAGUGAUAAGAGAGCAUUAAAUCGGGUCCAAAUGCUAAUUCUUCCUUUCCCAGAAAAGGAAUUUUCUGAUUUACAUCAUUCAAUUCAUCACAUAGAAAUUACAUCUCUGAACAAUCCAAUAAAUAUCAAAAGCCCAAGUUAAUCCCAAACCCAUUCUAAAUAAAAUCUCUAAAAAUCGCUU